GAGCAAAUACGUGGGACAGAGGUAGUAAGUACUACAGCUUUGGUGCAGUCUUCGCUCUGAAACUUGCGACGAUGGCAAGAUGGUCAGCGACGCUGUGGCUUAUCGCGGCAGUCCAAGCGUCCAUCCACGUAGUGCAUGGCCCUACAGUGGGAUGGAAGGCCAUGGAACGCAUGUUUGCUAGCGCCCCCGGAGGCAAGCACUCGAUUGUUCGCGUCGACUUCAACGCCACACCCGUCGACGUCACCUCGAUCCCAUCCGACAUGGAGUUCGCCGUCGCCGUGUCUAUCUUUGACACGGCUGAAGGCUCUGCGCCACCCUUGGAGUUCUGCGCCGAGAAGUACUAUCAUGGCGACCACGCGGUCGGCCACGUCUUCGCCGAUGUCACGUCCCAGCAAGUGCACGGGAGCGAGGAAUUCGUCGUGCAGCAUACCAGCGCGCAUAUCGUGGUCGUGUCUACAUGCGUGCGGCCCAAGUUCACCUUCGGCGACAACUCGACGGUCAAUCUAUUCCCGUUUCAGGACCUUGAAGGCGGCGUCGUGUACGACAUUGCCGCCGCCAUCUCGUUCGAAAAUGGCUAUGGGUACCUGCCUGGCCUUCUGUGGGGCUUGCUCCCAUUCAGCGGCUUGCUCUUGUUUGGGUACGUGUCUGUCCUGACGAUCUUUGCGGGGCUGUAUUGGUGCCACCGGUCCACUCUCCUUCGGCUGCACACGUUCAUUCUUGUGGUGCUGGUCUUGAUGACAGCCGAGUCGUUGCUGUGGUUUAUCACGUACGUUGACCUCAACUCGACCGGCCAAGCGAUUUGCUGCCCCUACCCGCCCAUGGUGGUCGCAUCCACUGCGUUGAAAGUGCUUUCCAAGCUCGUGGCUCGCGUGCUAACGAUGAUCUUGUGCCUCGGCUACGGCCUCGCGCGCCCCCACUUGACUGUUCCCGAGACCAUUCUCGUGACUGGUCUCGCGCUGUGUUAUGUCGUGUCGAGUGGCGUCUUGGAGAUUGUACAUCUAUCCAACCAAGCCAAAGGCACCGCCGAGCCGCCCUUGGUCUGGGAGGUGUUGGCGGUGGCGACAGACUGCUGCUUUGCCGGGUGGAUCUUUUUGUCUCUGACUGUGACUCGCAAAACCCUUCGGGCCACGGGCCAAACGGCCAAAUUGCGCAUGUACACCUGGCUCUUUGGCGUGCUCGUGGGAUUUGUCGCGAUCGCGUGUGGGUUUACGUUGUUUGAAAAUGCAGUAUAUGCCAACCAAGUGCCGUCAUUUACGUGGGAAUACAUGUGGAUGCUGUGGGCUGGAAGCCGCGUGUUAAACUACGCGCUGGUCGUGGUCUUGUCUGUGAUAUGGCGCCCCAUGCAAACCAGCUCCCUCGUCGCAUAUUCGCUGCAAGUGCCUUCGACUGACGACGAGACGCGACUGGACAAAGCACCUCAAGUGUUUGAAGCUGACCAAACUCCAGCUACGGCAGCGCAAGACAAGGAUGAUCAGGAUGGUCAUAUUGGCGUGCAAAAGGAUGCUGUCGACGCAGCUUAAGACCACGCAAUGGGGUUGUGGACUACUAGUAGUACUGUAGUAGUACUAGUUGGAGGCGCAGCUAGCUACAGUCGAUGCAAAGGAGGACUUGCUUAAUCCGUGAAUUUAUACUUGACUUGUUAGUCCGAUCGAA